GGUAAAAGUGUGUUUAGUUUUGUAAGAAACCAACAAACUCCAUUUCAAAGUGGCUGUACAACUUUGCGUUCCCAUCAGCAAUGAGAGCUCCUGUUGCUGUACGUUUUCUCAACCAUUUGCAGUUGUCAGCAUUACAGAGGUUGUUCAUUCUAAUAGAUGUGUAGUGGUAUCUCAGUGCUGUUUUAAUUUUCACUUCCCUGAUGACAUAUGAUGGGGAUUAUCUUUUCAUACACUUAUUUGCCAUCUGUGUAUCUUCUCUAGUGAGGUAUCUAAACCUAAAGUCCUUGCCCAUUUCAUUUUUUAAUCAAGAUGUUUCUUUUUUUUCUUUUUUUUUUUUUUUUGAGACGGAGUCUCGCACUGUCACUAGGCUGGAGUGUUGUGGCAUGAUCUCGGCUCACUGCACCUCCACCUCCUGGGUUCAAGUGAUUCUCCUGCCUCAGCCUCCCAAGUAGCUGGGACUACAGGCAUGCGCCACCACGCCCAGGGAAGUGUGACCUUUGAAGAUGUGGCCGUGUACUUCUCCUGGGAGGAAUGGGAUCUCCUUGAUGAGUCUCAGAAACACCUGUACUUCGAUGUGAUGCUGGAGAACUUUGCACUUACGUCCUCCCUGGGUUGUUGGCGUGGAGUGGAACACGAGGAAACACCUUCUGAACAGAGAAUUUCUGUAGAAAGAGUGCCACAGUUCAGGACUUCCAAAGAAGGUUCAUCUUCCCAGAAUGCCGACUCCUGUGAAAUAUGUGGCCUGGUCUUGAGAGGUAUUUUGCACUUAGCUGAACACCAAGGAACAAACUGUGGGCAGAAACUGCACACAUGUGGAAAACAGUUCUACAUCAGUGCAAAUCUUCAACAGCACCAGAGGCAGCACAUUAAAGAGGCACCUUUCAGAAGUUAUGUGGACAUGGCCUCAUUUACACAGAGCUGCAUAGUCCAUGUGUCAGAGAAGCCCUUUACCUGCAGGGAGAUCAGGAAAGACUUCCUGGCCAACAUGAAGUUUCUCCAUCAAGAGGCCACUCAAACAGGGGAGAAGCCAAAUAACAGUAACAAGUGUGCGGUAGUCUUUUACAGUGGAAAAAGUCAUCACAACUGGGGAAAAUGCAGUAAAGCCUUUAGCCACACAGACACACUUGUUCAGGACCAGAGAAUCCUCACUAGAGAAGGGCUUUUUGAGUGCAGUAAAUGUGGGAAAGCAUGUACACGAAGAUGUAACCUCAUUCAGCACCAGAAAGUCCACAGUGAAGAAAGGCCUUAUGAAUGCAAUGAAUGUGGAAAAUUCUUUACUUACUACUCCAGUUUCAUUAUACAUCAGAGAGUUCAUACUGGAGAAAGGCCUUAUGAGUGCCCUGAAUGUGGGAAAUCCUUUAGUCAGAUAUACAGCCUCAAUAGCCAUAGGAAAGUUCACACUGGAGAAAGGCCUUAUGAAUGUGGGGAAUGUGGGAAAUCUUUUAGCCAAAGGUCCAACCUCAUGCAGCAUCGCAGAGUUCACACUGGAGAAAGGCCUUAUGAAUGCAGCGAAUGUGGGAAAUCUUUUAGCCAAAACUUCAGCCUGAUUUACCACCAGAGAGUUCACACUGGAGAAAGACCUCAUGAGUGCAGUGAAUGUGGAAAAUCCUUUAGCCGAAGCUCCAGUCUCAUUCACCACCGGAGACUUCACACUGGAGAAAGACCCUAUGAAUGCAGUAAAUGUGGGAAAUCAUUUAAGCAAAGCUCCAGCUUCAGUUCACAUCGAAAAGUCCACACAGGGGAAAGGCCUUAUGUGUGUGGGGAAUGUGGGAAAUCCUUUAGCCAUAGCUCCAACCUUAAGAACCACCAGAGAGUUCACACUGGAGAAAGGCCUGUUGAGUGCAGUGAAUGUAGCAAAUCCUUUAGCUGUAAAUCUAACCUCAUUAAACACCUGAGAGUUCACACUGGAGAAAGGCCUUAUGAGUGCAGUGAAUGUGGGAAAUCCUUUAGCCAAAGUUCUAGCCUCAUUCAACACCGGAGAGUUCACACUGGAAAAAGGCCUUACCAGUGCAGUCAAUGUGGGAAAUCCUUUGGCUGCAAAUCUGUCCUCAUUCAACACCAGAGAGUUCACAUUGGAGAAAAGCCUUAGCUGUACUGAGAAUAUGCAAUUUCCUUUUAGUGUAAUUAUACUGAAGGAGUACACCUGUGAGAAAGACAAGUACCUGAUUUGGAAGCCCCAACAUCUAAGGAUAUACAGUGGGUGGAUUCCCCUUAAGUUCCAGGUAUGUGUUACACUUUCUAACGUGCCAUUUAGAAAGUGUUAGACUUUCUCACCUGCCGUUUAUGGCUCUUGCCAUUUAUGUCACUGACAGUUUCUGAGGCAGAAGCCGUAUCACGUCUACCACCUGUGAGGUCCACACAGUGUGCAUCAUUUACCUCCUGAACCUGCUCAUGGAAGCAGACCUCUGUUUCUCCCCAUUUGCUAGAAGAAAUCAUGAAUAGUCUGAGUCUCCCUCUCUGACAAGUUAGGGCAUGGACUUGACCCAGCUUUUUGCCAGAGGACCCAAUAUGAGUGUUGUUGGCGGCUUGCCAAGAAGGACUAUCUUUUUCAAGACAUGUUGGUUUCAUGUGACACCUCUAUGGAUUUUUUCCAGCCUCUAAGUCACCAACGUGGGAACUGCUUGCCUCACGUUGCUUUGUUUUUUACAAUAAUAAAGGCAUUAUUAUUUAAGCUA